UCCGGCUGCAUUCUGAGUGUUGGACGACACAAACCACCUCCUCCUAAUGGAAGUACAGAGGAAUACCGGGCCCCAACAACAGACUAACAGCAGCAGCAUGUGUGAGCCGACGCAGAGGUCGAGCGAGCCCCGCAGGAAGAGAGCUGAUGAGCGCAGUGCGCCCUCGGAAAUGGCCCGGAUCAUCACCGACCCGGCCACCGGGAAGUGCUACUGCCGGGGCAAAGUUUUGGGAAAGGGAGGGUUUGCUAAAUGCUACGAGAUGACCGACCUCUCCACCAGCAAAGUUUACGCAGCCAAAAUCAUCCCUCAUGCGCGCGUCUCCAAACCUCACCAGCGCGAGAAGAUUGACAGAGAAAUUGAGCUGCACCGGGCUCUGCACCACAAACACAUUGUGCACUUUUAUCACCAUUUUGAGGACAAGGAGAACAUCUACAUCCUGUUGGAAUACUGCAGCAGAAAAUCGUUAGCUCACAUCCUGAAAGCUCGCAAAGUGCUCACUGAGCCAGAGGUGCGUUAUUAUCUGAGACAGAUUGUAUCUGGACUGAAGUACCUGCAUGAACAGGAGAUCCUUCACAGAGACCUGAAACUUGGUAACUUCUUUGUGAGCGAGUCGAUGGAGCUGAAGGUCGGGGACUUUGGUCUGGCUGCCAAGUUGGAGCCGGCGGGAAACAGGAGGAAGACGAUAUGCGGGACUCCCAACUACCUGUCCCCCGAGGUGCUCAACAAGCAGGGCCACGGCUGUGAAUCAGACAUCUGGGCCCUGGGAUGUGUAAUGUACACCAUGCUGUUGGGCAGGCCACCAUUUGAAACCACCAACCUGAAGGAGACGUACAGGUGUAUCAGAGAGGCGCGUUACUCCCUGCCCUCCUCCCUGUCGCCACAGGCUAAGCAGCUAAUCACCACCCUGCUCGCCAAGAUCCCCGAGGACCGACCUGACCUGGACCAUAUUCUGAGGCACGAUUUCUUCACACAGGGCUUCAGUCCAGAGCGUCUGCCGGCUAGCUGCUGCCAUUCGGCGCCAGAUUUCCACGUCUCCAGUCCGGCCAAGAGCUUCUUCAAGAAAGCUGCCGCUGCGCUCUUUGGUGGGAAGAGAGACAAGGUCAAAUACUACGAGACUCUGAACAAGUUAACCAAAGAGGAAGAGGAGAUUUACAAACUGCAGCACGAUCUGGAGAGAACUGUCAUCAGCCAACAACAGAGCAAAAAGAUUUCUGAGAAUGGAAGUCUACUUCCGCCAUCUGCCGAGAGCCCCGUUGGCCAGGCAACGGAGAGCCCGACGACGCGAGAUACCAUCCGUCUGAUCGUCAGAGGUAGUCUGGGGAGCUGCAGCAGCAGCAGUGAAUGUCUGGAAGACAGCACGACGGGGAGCGUGGCUGAGACCGUUGCAAGUGUGUUGAGGGGAUGUCUGGAGAAUAUGCCUAAAGCAGACGACAUUCCUCAAGGCUCAAACAGCUGCAGUCUCCAAUGGGUGACUAAAUGGGUGGACUACUCCAACAAGUACGGCUUUGGCUACCAACUGUCGGAUCACACCGUGGGAGUUCUCUUCAACAACGGCACUCACAUGAGCCUCCUGCCAGACAGAAAGACCAUCCAUUACUAUGCAGAGUUGGGCCAGCGCUCUAUCUUCCCCACAUGCGAGGUUCCUGAACACUUUGUGAGCCAGGUGACUGUGCUCAAGUACUUUUCCCACUACAUGGAGGAGAACCUCAUGGACGGCGGGGACCUGGGUAGUAUGACCGACGCACACAUGCCCAGACUCUACCUGCUGCAGUGGCUCAAGUCCGACCGCGCCCUCAUGAUGCUCUUUAACGACGGCACUUUCCAGAUUAACUUUUACCACGACCACACCAAGAUCAUCCUGUGUUGCCAGAGGGACGAGUACAUGCUGACGUACAUCAACGAGGACCGCGUCUCCAAAACCUUCAAACUUAGCUCCCUGCUGACGUCCGGAUGCCCCACCGACCUGCGCGAACGCAUGGUGUACUCCCUCAACAUGCUUCUGCAGAGAUGCAGCUAAACCUACAGUAAUAUGUGUGUGUUUUGGACGGCGUUACGCAGACAAAUCUACGCAUUGUGCUACCGCAGUGCUGCAGUGGAGCCAGGAUUCGCAAGGAAUCUGUGUGGGAAGGACGAGUUCGAGGAUGUGAAAAGUUAAUUAACAUUCCCUCACUGUUGCACCGUCGUGACUCAGCAGAGGUGCAGGUGAAAAUAAAUAACACGGACAGACUCUGUGGAUGGGAGAAUGACAUGUAGCACAAUAGUGGAAAGUAAAGGGCUGAUUUGUACGUUGAUUGUUGGAGGAGAGGAAAGACCGAGCAUGUUGGAGCGAGUAUGUCGGUACGAAUGUGAUCCCCAGCUGUUUUGGGGGGAAAAGAGGGAUGUUUGGGAAGUAAAGACAAACGCUGGGCUGGCACCAGCUUACAUGUGUAUAGUACAGUUGAUUCUGUUUUAUAAAGGCAAUCCAUAAACUGAUGGAUUUGAAUAUUGUAAAUGAUGUACAGCAUUAUGUCACAGCCAACUCAGCAGUGCAGACAAAUGAUUUGCUAAUGUGUGUGGAUGCUGCAGAGUUUGGCUCUUUAUACUGUAUGUGUGUGAGUGGGAGGGGUGUAUCAUCACACUAACUUUCAAAACUGUGAUUUGUUCUCUUUAAUGACGGAUGGACUCGGCACACUGAGCUGGGAACCAGAGGGAUGAUGUGAGAGGGAGGAGAGAAUAACAUUAAAAGGAUCCCUUAAGAGCCAUUAUCACCGUGGUAGAAAAUGUCCUAAUAACUUAUUGUGUAAAAAAAAGUGCAGUAUUUAUUUAUUUAAUAAUAAAGAGCAUUUUCUAAAAAACAAAUCUA